AUGCUCUACACACAAGUCGCCCUCCUCGCAGCCGCAACCCUCGUCGCCGGCAACGCAGCCCCCCAGCCCGAAAUCACCCAACCCGCCGUCCUCCCUCGCGACAUCAUCCCCGACGACGUCAAGUCCUGGGUCGAGAGCAAAGCCUCCGCCGCCGGCGCGGACGUCGACGACUGGGUCAAGAGCCACUACUCCGAAGCCGAACAAUGGGCCUCCUCUAACGGCGGCGACGCCAAGACCUGGAUUGAGGGUCAAGCCUCGCGCGCCAGCACUGCUCUUGAUGGAAUCAGCUCCAAGGUCCGCACUGCUAUCGAUGAGGCUAGUGCUAGUGCCUCUGCGGCUACGAACAACGACAAUGCUGCUGCUACUGUUGGUGGUGGACAGGCUGGUGUUGUUGCGUUCAUGGCGGCUGUUGGUGCUGCCGUCUUUGCUUUCAUGGCUUAA